GUUCCGUGCCCAGCAAUGACCCUCUCCACGCACCAUAUGGCCGACGCGAACCGAGCGACCCCCGAGCACAAAAUCAACAUCGCACCUGCAGGCAAACCGAAUCAGAGCAAAUUCGACGAGCAUAACAGUGGCGUGUCCCAGGUGAGUCAGGUGCUGCUGUACGGAGUGCCCAUCGUGUCGCUGGUCAUCGACUGCCAGGAGCGGCUCUGCCUCGCCCAGAUCUCCAACACGCUGCUCAAGGAGUUCAGCUACAACGAAAUCCACAACAGGCGCGUCGCCCUCGGCAUCACGUGCGUCCAGUGCACCCCCGUGCAGCUGGAGAUUCUGCGGCGGGCAGGGGCGAUGCCCAUUUCGUCCAGGAGGUGCGGCAUGAUUACCAAGAGGGAGGCUGAGAGGCUCUGCAAGAGUUUCCUCGGAGACAACUCGCCACCCAAGUUGCCCGACCACUUCGCUUUUGAUGUUUACCACGAGUGCGCCUGGGGUUGCAGAGGAAACUUUGUUCCUUCAAGGUACAACUCUUCCCGUGCCAAGUGCAUCAAGUGCACCUACUGCAAUCUGUUCUUUUCGCCGAACAAGUUCAUUUUCCACUCGCACCGUCUGCCCGACUCAAAAUACGUGCAGCCCGACGCGGCCAACUUCAACUCGUGGAGGCGCCACAUGAAACUUGCCGGUUGCCCUCCCGAGGACGUCACGCACGCCUGGGAAGACGUCAAGGCCAUGUUUAACGGUGGCACCAGGAAGAGGAUGCUCUCCUCCCACUCGUCGUCCGAUUCAGCCCCUCCGAUGCCCAAGCAGCCCAAGAGCAGCGAGUCGAGAUCGUCCAAGAAGAACAACAACAGCCACCACCAGUCCCAACCGGCCAUCCAGACGGUGGUGCCCAGCAGACCUGCUGAUAUGGCACCAUUCCAACCGAGCCCUCUAGCGCCAGUUCCACCUUCCCCUAUGACCCCUCGCGUCCCUCCAACGGCCGUUUACUCCGAAAAGCCGCCCUCCUACCCUUACGACCUGCACCGAAGCUUUGUUGACUACGUCUGGGGUCACCACCAGGCCCCUCACGCCCCUAUACAGCACCACAAACCCUUCCAGUUCGCUCCCUACUCCUUCCCCUGGCUCAAACGGCCCUCUUUGCUGGCAUUCGGACCGGCGGCCGUGGCCGCCGCAGUGGCCGGUGAAACCGCUCUCCCUGAUCAUCCCCAGCAACUUACCCCGCCAGGCCCGGCGGCCGGAUCAGCGGCCGCUGCGGCCGUGGCCGCUCUCUCGCACCACAUCUACUCGAGCGCCUUCCGGCCUGUGGUGAAGCCCAGUCCGCCCCUGCCGGUCGGCAACCAGAGUGACGAAGAGGAGGAAACGGUGGACAUUGAGACCACUGAGGACCCUCCGCCAGCUCCUCUGUGGAUCACGCGACCAAGGUCAACGUCCCCUGCGUCUGAAAGGGCAGCUUCUCCAGAACCUCAAGAUGAAAAGGCCAAAGUGGAAGUGCAGGGCGAGCUCGGUUCACCCCUCCAGCAAGCCAGGCGCUCGCCCAGCCCCAACCUGGAGCGACCCUGGGCCCUGACCACUCACGACAAACGCCACUACCGCUCCCACGAGGUCGCCAGGCACCUCACCAUGAUCAGAGAAAUGGCCUCGUCGCCGGAAUCAAACUCUGGACCUGCGUUGCAAAGUCAAACUGUGUUGAGAGAUGUUGAAAGAAGGGCGCGACUUUCUGUCCAUGGCAGACUUAAAGAAGCUCAGAGUGCUCUGCACCAGUUGCAAAAUAAAAUCGGACUUGACUGCACAAGUUAUCACCACGCGUUUCAAGAAACUAACAACAUUUCGCCCUAAAGGUGAAUGACGUAAAAUGUGUUUUUACCCUUUGAUCUCUCAGAACUCUCCUAGUCUUUAAAAAAAAUUAGACACCCGCAUAGAAUGUUAUAACCUUUUCAAUAUUGAAAAGUAUUACCUGAUUAUGAUCAUCAUGUUGAAAACUUACGGAAAGGGACCCCUUUUGUCAUCGAUGUUUGAUCAAAAAAUAAGUCAUUAAAAAUAAACCCUUCUUCCGACUAUAAUCAAAC